GCCAAGAGAAAAAGGCAGAUCUGCCUGAGCGAGGCUGCCAGCUCAGGACUGCUCUGCCUUCCCAAAGUGGGGGGUUUUUGUGCACAGCGGCUUCAAAUCUGGGUUCAAUCAAUGCAUUUAAUCCUGGCUUCCAGUGAUGAGGUGGCUUCUGCCUUGGAUUCUAGCAGCAAGCAGCAUUGUGCAGGCCGUUUCCCAGCCCUCCACCACCAUGCCCCCCACCACCUCCACUGUGACAGAGGCUUAUACGCGGACUCAGUAUUGCAAGUGGCCGUGUGAGUGCCCGAAGUUGCCACCUCGCUGUCCCAGAGGGGUUAGCCUGGUCUCCGAUGGCUGUGAAUGCUGCAAGGUGUGUGCCAAGCAGGUCGGGGAGAACUGCACCGAGGCCGAUACCUGUGACUUUCACAGGGGCUUGUACUGUGACUACAGCGGAGACAGACCUAGGUACGAAAUAGGAGUGUGUGCACAAAUUGCAGGGGUGGGUUGUGUCCUCAAUGGCAUCAGGUACAGGAACGGAGAUUCCUUCCAGCCCAACUGCAAGUACAACUGCACGUGCAUUAAUGGGGCUGUGGGCUGUAUCCCGAUGUGUGUAAAUUCGCGCCCCCCGCUCGUCUGGUGCCCGAACCCAAAGCAAAUUAAGAUGGCAGGCAAGUGCUGCGAGCAGUGGAUCUGCGACGACUCCAGGAGGAUCAGGAAGACGUCUCCACGACACAUCUCCUCUGCAGCUUACGCGGGAGAGAAUGAAUCCUGGCAGAAGAACUGCAUUGUUCACACCUCGUCCUGGAGCCCCUGCUCGAAGACCUGCGGGCUGGGGAUAGCAACAAGAAUUUCCAAUGAUAACCCGCAGUGCCAGCUCAUGAAAGAAAGUCGCCUCUGCAACUUGCGGCCGUGUGAAGCGGAUAUAACCAAACACAUUAAGCCUGGGAAGAAAUGCUUGGCUGUCUAUAGAGCUGAUGAACCGAUGAACUACACCAUUUCAGGCUGCGUGAGCAAAAAAACAUACAGACCAAAAUACUGUGGGGUCUGCACAGACGACAGGUGUUGCACACCCUACAAGUCAAAGACCAUUGAAGUGAGUUUUGAGUGCCCAGGCGGAACUGGGUUUUCCUGGAAAAUCAUGUGGAUCAACGCUUGCUUUUGCAACCUGAACUGCAAGAACCCCAAUGACAUCUUUGCUGAUUUGGCACAUUACCAUGAUUACUCCGAGAUUGCUAAUUAAAUUGGCUGAAUGCUGGAAUGACCCAUUGCUCUGAUUUUACAGAGGUUUUAAAAUAAAAAAAAAAAAAAAAGAAAAUCUUUCAUCCGGUGCUAAUGUAACAUUUUGUUUUUCCAAGCAGGAAGGUAAAAUCCCCUUUGCUCAGCACAUUAUUAUUAUUAUUAUUUUGUAGAGAUUUUAGAUGUGCAGAGUAGCAACCUUCCAUCUGUUAACAAUGGCCAGAGCCCCCUUUCAUUAAUCACAUGCCAAGUAAUCAAAUGUAACCAUGUUUCUCAGAUCCCAUGACUUAAACAACACAAGUGUUAGCAUUGAUCUGCUGUGGAUGGCAACAAUAUUAAAAGAGCAGCAAAGAAACUAAUUCCCGAAGGCUGCAUCUACACUAGAGAAAUAAGUAUGUGGGUUUACUGCAAUGGUACAGCUUAACCAGUGGGCUAUGCUCCGGUUUUUUCACUGUCCUCUCAAGAAAACCUCUGCUCCAAGGUGCAAAAUGGGUAACACCACUUUGGCCCAGAUUUUGGCCGACCUCAAGCCAAAGCCAAUAUAACUGAGCUCACCCCAAAGAACAUCAUGUUCUACUUCUGUUUGGAGCACACCGUAUGGUUAAAUCCCUGGGAGGAAGGACUUGAAGAGAACGACAUUUCUCCAACUUGCCUAGAUGGAGAUUCCCUCACCUUAUGCCACUCACCAGCCCCAAGAUCCUUUAUGCAACGAUUAUUGCUUAAAUUAGCUGCAGGGCCUGCCAGAGCACUUCUGGAUUGCUAGGAAGCCAUGAGGAGGUCCUCAUAAAGCCCUUGUACUUCUGAUCUCAGCCCCAGAACCCUAGCAAUCUGGCUGCACUGAAUCCAAGGUGAUCACCGCCAAUACAGUGGCUCUCCAGGGAAGAUAAUACAGCACUGCAUUUCAUUUCUGCUCCCAGGAGAGCUUCACCAAGCUGUGGGAAGCAAGCAUGCGUGUCUUCUCCAUGUGAGCUCCAUAGAGCAAUCACAUGGAGCCCAGGGAGGAGUGAAGCAGAAUAGUACCACUGAGGUCUGGUAAGCCUUUCCUUCCCUCCGGCCAUGGUCAGCUUUAGGUAUGGAAGCUGCAGUGCCCCUUCUCCAUGCCAUUACCCACAGGCAAUGCUAAUCUCUGAAGCCUGGUUCUCAUCCGCAUGUUAUGUGGAAUUGAAAGCCCUUUUCUACAGCAUGGAGUAGGUGUAAUCUUCAUGGAAGUGUGACCUACAGGCUUGUUAUCUGCUCCACCGAAGAGUGUAGAUGAGUGGAGCAGAAAUCUAGGGCCCAGCUGACUAGGGCACAGCAUCAGGUGCUGGCUGUUGGCUAAAAAUUAAAGUAAAAAUCUAUGUGAAAUUCUGCAAAAGGAGUUAGAAGCCCAAAUGCUGCACGUGCCAAGAACUGGCCUGUCACUAGCAAAAUGGGUAGUAAAGUCAUUCAUCACUGAAGUAUAUUGAAGGCUUUUCCCUGAACUUGCAGUAUGCACUUUAGAGGAUGCAGACUGACUGGAUCAGUUACUGAUUUUCACAUGAGUUUAACUCUUCCAGUCAGAUGAAGAGACAGUGGGGAUGGUGAGGAGGUCAGGGUAAAUUAGCCAGAGGGAAAAUAAGCAUCUUUCCCCCUGCGCUACUCUUAUGUUUCCUACUAUUGCUAGCCACACAAUAUAAUUCCUAUGUAAAAUAUAUAUAGAUAAAUGUAUUCCUUACACACUUCCACCGAAGGUAAACUGAGCUCCAGAGGUUUUUCCUAAGCAUGACCAAAAUGGGGAUGAACAUUUCUC